AUGAUGACAUUCAGAUACCUUCCUGUCCUCCUGAUUGUACAAUGUGUUGCGGGCCAUCCACCAUACCCUCCGAGGGAGACAAGGGCAACAUUGCAUCUAGACUCUCACAAUUAUUCGACGGAGCAGAGAGGCUAUUCCAAGAACGCGUUUGUGACCGCCAAAGGAGAUGGACAUCUUUAUCUUGACGACAGGCUAUUUGAUUUCCGAGGUUUCAACGCACCAACCUUGCUCGAAGUACCCCUCACUCAACCUACGAUUCACACCCUUUCUGUAGGGGGCGAUUGGCAGGCUCGCGAUUUACUUGAGACUAUCAGCGGUUUUGGAACACCUGCCACGAGGACUUAUCCACUUAGGAUUGCCAAUACUCAGUUUGGAGGAUAUAUUCCACCUUCAUCGGGGCAGGUGAUUGGUUGGGAUCAAGAUAGAGACGGUACAGAUUGGAUUUACAAUGAAACCAAGUGGGAACAAAUUGAUCGUGUUUUACAAAUGUCGUAUCGUCAUGGAGUCAAGUUGAUUAUCCCAAUCAUCAAUCAAGACUAUGGUUCAUCUUCGACAAACUACAUUGGAAACUUCAACGACCUGAUACGGCAUAGAUACAACAUAACCGACUAUGACACUGCUCGAAAUUCAGUCGAUUGGUUUACAGACCCAGAGAUGUUACGAGUUUUUAAAAAGCUUCUUUCCAAGUUCUUGAACCGGAUUAACACAGUGAACCAUAUUCGCUACGGUAAUGAUAAUACUAUUCUUGCCAUCGAGACAGGGAACGAGAUGAAUUGGAGAUCACAGAAUCACACUAGCUUCAGGCGAUCCCCUCCUGCUAAGCUAGUUGAUGCUCGAAAUAUUGAUCAUCCAUGGGAAGAAGAAGUACUAAAAUCUCCAGAUGUUGAUAUACUUUCUUAUCAUUUGUAUGGAGAUGAUAACAUUGACUAUUUUCAUGGUUUGAAUGAACAAGUUCGCCGGUACAACAAAACACUUAUUCUGGGCGAGCAUGGGUUUUACUCCGAGACUUCGCUCUAUAAGAAAGCAUACGAUCUUUAUCAUUGCGCUGGAACUCUCAUCUGGUCUUUAACAGCGCAUUCAGAGAAAGGAGGUUUUGUCACUCACUCCGAGGGCAAUGCAAUCUUUAGCUACCAUAUACCGGGAUGGGCGACUCAAACAGCCAGUGACUUUGAUACGCAAGAGCACGAAGUCGUUCACUCUACUUACCGAGCAAGCUACACGGCCUUAGGGCUUUAUCCACCGCCAUUCCCGAUCCCGGGUAGCCCUCAUGCUUUCUUUGUCCACCGCGGCGCUCAUGUUGGGAUUUCAUGGAUGGGUGUAGCAUGGGCUUAUAGCUAUCAAAUAUUCGGUGCACAUGUACGCAACUUGGCUUUCAAUCUUGUAGCUCAAACUGUCCACGAUAACGUAGCAGCAGGAGACCUAUUCUUACCUAUCGAUCCCACUAAGCCAACCCAAGCAAUCGUCGUGAAAGUACUUCCUGCUCAACCUCAAAGAUCACAUGCAGGUUGGAAAGAUGACAAAUGGAAUCAUGGAUCUACUCAUAAAUCUACUCAUAAAACUCAAACUACAUCAAAUGAUAUACAAAAAUUGAUACUAUCUCCAAAUCAACCACGCGCAUUAGAAGGAGGUUGGUGGAUGGUUAGAGGUAUAAGUGUGGAUGGAAUUCCAGGUCCAUUUUCAAAACCUAUCUUUCUGUCACCAUUUUCUAAAUCAAAUCCAUGA